AUUUAUUUUCUUUUAGUCGCUUUCGAUACUACGAGGUGGUCGGUUAGUGUCGCUCCGUGAACCGUAAACGAGAAAUAAAACCGUGUGUGUUUGUGUAGUUUUGUGUGAGACUCCGUCAAUUGUGAAUUCAAAAUGGGGUGUGGAUCGAGUUUUGUGAAAUAUGUGCUGUUUUUCUUCAACCUGGUGGUUGCGCUUUUCGGCCUGGCUGUGAUCGGAGUCGGUGUGGCCGUGCUGCUCAAAUGGUCGGUGCUGACUGACCUCCUGCGCGGACACCUGACCGUGGCGCCAUGGGUGUUCAUCGUGAUCGGCGCGAUCAUGUUCGUGAUCGCUUUCUUCGGCUGCUGCGGAGCGAUACGCGAGAGCCAUUGUAUGGUUGUAACGUACGCGAUCUUCCUGCUGGUGAUAAUCAUCGCGCAGGUGGUGCUGGCGGUGCUGAUGUUCACGUACGGGGAGUCCAUCAAGAACUCGCUCGUGCAGUCCGUCAACGCGCUGUUCGACAAGCGCGCCCACGACCCCAGCGUUGAUGUCGUCUUCAACAACAUUGAACAACAGCUCAACUGCUGCGGCAAGAACGGUCCAUUUGAUUACGGUUUGGCUCUGCCCAAGUCGUGCUGCCCACAGAUGGGCGUGGUCGGCUCCACGAUUAACCAGUGCACGGCUAUCGACGCUAACAAGGACGGAUGCGCGGCGGUCGUGGGCAACCUGUACGAGACGUGGAACAAACCCAUCGCCGGCAUCGCUAUUGGCGUCGCUUGCGUCGAGAUCGUGGGAGCCCUGUUCGCGCUGUGCCUGGCCAACUCCAUAAGGAACAUGGAUAGAAGGUCUCGCUACUAAUAUUUUGUACAUUAGAGCUGGUACGCCUAAAACGAAAACAUCACGAAUAUAUACGAGAAAGAACAAUCACAUUGAAAAAUAACGACACAACAUACCAUAAUUUGUUUUUUUUUAAUUAUUAUUAUGUACCUACAAGUUAAGUUAUUGUUAAGUCGAUAAAUGCAACCCCCACCUCAAAUAAUUUUGAAUUUCGAACUGUUACCACGAAAAUGUAGUAAAAGAGAGACGGCUGUACUAUUUUUUUAAAAGUACCUUAAACAACUCUUAAAAGACUGAAAAUAAUUACCUAAAUGGAAACAUCACAAGAUUUAAUAAAUAAAUAAAAAUAUCAAAUCAUUUGCCUUUUCGAUUAGUAUUAAAUAACAGAUAAAAUAAAUUCUUGUUGACAGAAGGAAGCGGCCGUCUCUGAAAUAGCGGUAACGAAGGAUAGUUAAAAAUUAACAUAUUAUUAUACAUAUAUCGUACCUGAAGUGUUAUAUUUAUUUUCUUUUGCCUUAUCAAGCGUGCCCGUAAUAUUACAAAAAAAAGAAAGUAAAGUUAUAUAUAAUGAAAACAUUUAUAAAAUCUUAGAAUGUAAUUACGCGCAAAGCUCGAUUAUGCGCACUUAUUUUUACGUCAUAUCUAUAAUUCUUUUAUGAAAAAAUGUUAUGUACGCCAAUGUUUAUGAUUU